UUGGUUGUAACUCAAACCAAAUCUAUCAAACUGGGGAAAAAAAUUAGGGCAAAAAUAUUGUCGGUUUCACGUCCGCGACUCAUAGAUUUGUCGGAAAAAUCCUUCACGGUUUGUCGAAGCAAUUGUAUGAAUCACGCGGCGUAGCUUCAGCUUCCGAAAGAUCUAACCUUCUCUGAAAUCGAAUUGCGAUAGAGAAAGUUUCUUCCUUGUUCGGGAUCUUCUGAUUCGUCUUAGCUCAAAUCUAUGACCUUUCGUGAGUAAUUUCAGAUCCAGAGAGCACUCACGAAGAAGCUCGUGCUUUGGUGGAACUAGACAGGUCUCGUACCACGUUAGCUUCCGCUGUGAAGCAUCAUCGAGAAAGGAAAUAAAUGGAUUACCGACCUUCUGAUAGUAGUGGUACGGAUGAUGACCUUCCUCCGAGUAGAUAUCAGAGAAGCGGGCGACCUGCUGCUGGUAAUGGCAGGCCUUCGGUUCUCAACUCUGCUCCUUUGUCAAGGGUGCACAAUGACAUGGAAACUCAAAUUCAUCUCAUUGAGCAAGAAGCCUAUAGCUCAAUUCUCCGUGCAUUCAAAGCUCAGUCUGAUGCUAUUACUUGGGAGAAAGAAAGUUUGAUCACUGAACUCAGAAAAGAACUUCGGGUGUCUGAUGAGGAACACAGAGAGCUGUUAUCAAGGGUUAAUGCUGAUGAAAUGAUCAGGCGAAUAAGGGAAUGGAGAAAGGGGAACAGCUUUCAGUCCGGUGCUCCUCAGAUGGUUCAUGAUAAUGCUCCAAGUCCAGCUGUUUCAGGAUCACGUAAGAAGCAAAAGACAUCACAACCAAUCGCCUCGUUAGCUAUGGGUGCGCCAUCUCCUGCUAUGCACCCAUCAAUGCAGCCAUCUUCAUCUGCUGCGCUAAGAAGAGGAGGUCCUCCACCAGGUCCAAAGACCAAGAAGCCAAAGACAUCGAUGCAGUUUCCAGCUACAGGCAUUGCUGGAAGGCCCCAGCCAGGCGCAGUAGCAAAUGAACCAGAUCCGUUGGUUGGGAAGAAGGUAUGGACAAAGUGGCCUGAGGACAACAACUUCUAUGAAGCUGUUAUAACUGACUACAAAGCCGCUGAGGGGAGGCAUGCUUUAGUGUAUGACAUGAACACUCUGAAUGAAACUUGGGAAUGGGUAAAUCUUAAAGAGAUAUCUCCAGGAGAUAUCAGAUGGGAAGGUGAGGAUGCUGGGGUUUCUCGUAAAGGAGGACAUCCUGGGCAAGGCCGUGGAAGUACAAAGGCCAUGGCUCGUGGUGGUCCCGCAGGCCAAGCUAUUGGUAGAGGUAGGGGAAGCAUGAAGAUACAGCAGCACAAGGCACAGAAUGGGGUUGGGAAGAAAGCUUUAGGCGAUAUUGAAAUACUCCACACUGAUACACUAAUAAAAGAGGUAGAAAAAGUGUUUAGAUCCGUUAAUCCCAGCCCAGCAGAGGUAGAGAAGGCAAAGAAAGUGCUAAGAGAUCAUGAGCAAGCUCUUGUGGAUGCAAUUGCAAGGCUUGAAGAAAUGUCAGAUGGGGAAAGCGGUAAUAUUUGAUAGGGCCCCCUUCUAACUCUCCUCAGAUGAUGGAGUCAGGGCAUUGGACUGGCUAAGAGGUGUAGAUGGUGGUGGCAAAUGUGAAUGGAUGAUGGAGAUUUGGAAACUUGUAUGGAUAAGCAAACUGUAUUUUGUUUAGGGAGAGGAUUUAUAAAUGACCUUUGUGUGACCACAUAACUACAGUAGCUGGAUUUGGAAAUUAGGGUAUUAAGCAUUGUAAAAUCCAUCAAAUUUCAUAUAAAUGUAGAAUGUUUCAGAGACGGGA